UGUAAGCGCUGUAGAAGAAGACAAAGGUCGGGUGACGUCACAAUUCAGCCGUGUUGUUAAACCAGGUUAGCCUGUACCAAUUCUGUGACAUGAUAUUUAAGUGACAUUUGUUUGAAGCAGGUCGUCAUAAUGAGUUACCCAGAAGAAAAACACGGAACAAAACGACCUGCAUCCCCGAGUCAAGAUGGGUCGACUCAGUGGGAAUCAGCUGAUCUAGGAAGUGACGCAAGGAAACAGAAGUUCUUGCGGCUGAUGGGUGCUGGAAAGAAGGAACACACAGGCCGCCUCAUCAUUGGUGACCAUAAAUCUACAUCCCACGUCCGCAGUGGGCAAGAAGACAAGAAGAUCAGUGAUCAGCUGGAGAUGCAGUAUCACCAGGGCAUGGAUGGAAUUCUCUCAGGACGUAGCCGGAGACAUUGUGGCCUUGGCUUUAGUGAGCCUGAGCUACUUCCAGAGACAUGUCCUGCCCUCGCAGCAGAAAGUGAGACAAAAGAAAGCACAGCAGAGCGAUCAACACAGGAGUCCACAGAUGUCAAGGAAAAGGUCUCAGAGGAAAAGAGCUCAGAGGAAAAGAGCUCAGAGGAAAAGAGCUCAGAGCAGAGCAGACGCAGCUCUGACAGCAGGAGUGAAGAACAGAAACAUGACUACAAAAUGGCUUUUGUCAAGUCUACAUAGGGCUGACCGGUCAAACAGAGACAUAUUAGCUUUUCAAAUCCCAGACUUGUACAUUUCAAAUUUAGCCCUCAGUGAUCACUAGAUGUUUUAGUAUUUAGUAGGAAGAAAAUGGUCCUGUACAAACUGAACCACCAUCACUGAACAGCAUGGGGUUUAAGGUUUGGAUUAAUUGGAAUUAUGUUUUGGUUACUUUUUUUUUAUUAUUUUAAAUCCCGUUUUGAUUCUGUUUGAACAUCGUAACCGUCAUUUUAACAGUCAGUCACAUGUUGUGCAGAGCAGAAUUAUGUUUACUUUGAAGGGAUUUCUGUACAAAUCACGAAACAUGUCUUCACUUUUUCUGUUUGAAGAUAAAUAAAAGGUGUGAAUUUUCCUUUUCUUAA